AUGCAGGAGCAGGAGCGGUCCGUCCGCACUUCGUUCCCUGGACAGGGAGACGGGCAGACCGGUCGGCCUCUUCCCCCGCUGCCUCGUCCCCCUCAGCGCGGCGAGAGCAUCCGUGGCAGCGGCAACUGCGACGCUUUUAACAGGUGGCAAGGAGAGCACAGAAAGUCUCCGAACUCAUACCCUCGCGGAGACGACGCCAAGCCGGCAAAUCCGCCGAAUCUCUCACCGCCUUCACAGGAAGGUAAGAUGGGGACCAGACUGCCCCAGGACGGAAAGGACUCGGACGGCAUGGGGCCACAUGUCAACUUUCCCUACGCAACCGACACCUCGACAGACAGCACGGGUAAGGAUGUGAAGAGUGACCGCCGGGGCUGCAGCUGCAUGGCGGUGACCCUGGCUGUAGUGGUGGUACUGGUCAGCGCUGGCUUCACUCUCACGGCAUUCAUGCACUUUCAACAGCAGCAGGAGAUAUCCCAGCUGACUCUUGCCGUGUACGCUGAACGGAACCGAACAACCGCCUUGGAACAACUUCUGCACGAGAUGAGUGACAUGGUGUCAGACUUCUCUUUCAAUCCAGGAUUCGCGGACAAGAUGCAUGGAGAUGACGACUAUGAGCCUUACGGACGACCUGCACAAGUCAAACUCACUCUACUACCAGGGCAGGUCAAGAAGUCUGGACCACCUACCCAAGGCAACCCCUCCGGACAACCUGGACAAGGCAACCUCUCCGGACAACCUGGACAAGACAACCUCUCCGGACCACCUGGACUAAGCAACCUCUCCGGACCACCUGGACAAGGCAACCUCUCUGGCCUACCUAGACAAGUCAACCUCUCCGGACCACCUGGACAUGGCAACUUCUCUGGACCACCUGGACAUGGCAACCUCUCUGGACCACCUGGACAAGGCAACCUCUCUGGACCACCUGGACAAGGCAACCUCAUUGCGCCACCUGGACAAAGCAACCUAUCUGGACAAGACAACCACUCUGGACAAGGCAACCUCUCCGGACCACCUGGACAAGGGAAUCUCGUUGGACCACCACCUGGACAAUUAAUCAAAGGCAACGUCUCUGGACAACCUGGACAAGGCAGCCUCGAUGGACAAGGCAACCUCUCUGGACAAGGCAACCUCUCUGGACAAGGCAACCUCUCUGGACAAGACAACCUCUCCAGAUCACCUGGAAAAAGCAACCUCUUUGGACAAUAUGGACAAGGCAACCUCAUUGCAACCUGCCUGGACCACCUGGACAAGGCAACCUCCCUGGACCACCUGGACAAGGCAACCUCCCUGGACCACCUGGACAAGGCAACCUGCCUGGACCACCUGGACAAGGCAACCUCUUUGGACAACCUGGGCAAGGCAACCUCUUUGGACAACCUGGGCAAGGCAACCUCUCUGGACAAGGCAACCUCUCUGAAACAUCUGGACAAGGCAACCUCCCUGGACCACCCGGACAAGGCAACCUCUCUGGACAAGGCAACCUCUCUUGGCCACCUGGACAAGGCAACCUCUCCGGACAAGGUAACCUCUCUGGACCACCUGGACAAAGCACACCAUCAGGACCUCCUGGACAAGUCAAGCGCUCUCUCCCACCCGGUUCUCUACCGAAGGUGCCGGGUGGAUUCCCAGCGUUGA